AUGUUCAAAUCCUGCUUACCGUCGAAUAAAUGUCUCGUGUUGUUAUUUGUAUUCGUCAUUAUAACAUCGAUUCGAUUUUCACACGCAUCAUCUCUAGAACGUUUACAUAAUGAUGAGAUGGCCGAUUCAUCCAGUGAUGUCGCACAAGAGCAACAACGUCGAGUUGAUAAUCUAAAACAGUUACGUCACUUUCUGUUAACAUCGAACGCCGAACAACGAGCCGGACGACGUGAUAAACAAAAUUUUCUCAAACGAAAGCUGAUUCGUGAAUAUCUUCGAUCAGUAAACGAUGCCGAUUCUAGUCGUUUGGAAGAAGUUAAAAAGCGUUUCACAUACUGUAGCGUUCAAGAUAUGUUGCAUGGCUCGCUUUGUCGCCGCCGCGCCAUUCAUCACUGA